GUCUGCCAAAAAGCUGCAGGUCACAACUAAUCUACACCCACGACCGGACGCGCGGAUCUCUGGAUCGUCUCCUGUGGGCCAUCAAGCUCUCAUGCGCUUACCAAGAACACCACAUAUCCUGGAGCCGCCUCGGACAUCUGCCAUGGCCGAACUAGGUGCUCGUAAGAACAUUCUGCGCCGUCAGAGGAGAGUUCGUCUCCUGUCGCUCCCACGAGAACUGUUCAAUAAGGUCUUCGAUGUGGUCGAAAACCUUUCCGACAUCGCCGCGCUUCGACUCACCUGCGUCGACCUCGGCUGCGGCAGACACACAGCUCUAUACUGCACCUAUCAACUCCUACCCACCCACCAGAGUAUCGCAAGAUUGCAACGCAUGCUCGACUCCCCGACCAUUGAUAUACGGCGAGGAAUCGGGUGCCCGAAGCCAGGUUGGAUCAAGCAUCUUAUCAUCGAGGGCGCAGAGCCAUGUGCUGAGCAGGCCGUGGAAUCUUGGAGGUUGUAUCAUUUACUCCGAGAUGCGCUACCUACGUACCACGGGUUCUACGUCGCAGAGUGGGCGCCAAUGGUCGAGUCGAAUAUGGAGACAAUUUUGAGCUUUCUCGUUAUCCGACUAGAUAAUCUUAAUGUACUGGGGUAUUCCUCAAGUCUUCAUGGUUCGAGAGGCUACGUUCAACCCAGUGUUGAAAUUCGAGGUCAGGUCGUGAGGGCAGCUUUCGAUAAGUCACCAAACCUCCAGCAAUUCUCGGAUAUGAUGUUCAGAGAAAAAGAACACAAGUUUGCGGUAGCUUGGUAG